AUGGUGGUAUUAUGGAACUUGUGGAGGCGUAGGAAUAACCUUCGCUUGGGCAAACCUACAAUACCUCUCGAUAAGGUAUUGGAGCACUCUUGGGAGCAACGGUUUGAGUCCCACUCCAGCCCCUUAACAUCAACAACGCCGACGACAAAGCAACCAGCUAGGUGGACACCGCCUCCGGAUCAUUGGUACAAACUAAACUUCGACGGUGCCACAUUUGCCGACAAAGACACAGCAGGAAUUGGGAUCAUGGUGCGCAACAGUGAUGGCCUCGUCAUGGCAUCCCUCGCUCAACAAAUCCCACUGCCACCUUCAGUUAUAGAAGUCGAGACCCUAGCUGCAAGACGGGCUCUGGAGUUUGCUUUGGAGCUGGGUUUUGAGCGGAUUAUUCUGGAAGGAGAUUCGGAGUCUUUGGAUAAUGCCUUGAAGAUGGAGUGCAGGAACUUUACAAUGUAUGGACAUCUAGUGCAAGAUAUUAUUUUCCUCAGUACACACCUGUCUGAGUUUAAAAUAUCUCUCGUACGUAGACAGGGUAAUAAUUUAGCGCACUCUUUAGCAAGAAAAUCACAAUUUUUAUCACAUAUGUCAGUCUGGAUGGAAGAUGUACCACCAGACCUUUUAUCUGUACUUGAGGCUGAUUUCACUAGCCUUCAGUAA